AAAUGAGAUAAAAACUAUGUGAAACGAGAGAUGAAAAGAUCAUCAAGAAUUCUUAUCACUCGGUCUAUCUUUUUUGGAAAUUCAACGAAAUCAUCGAUUGAAAAGGAUCGAGGGUGAACGAAUACAUUCUAACGAAUGUAUUGACAAAGACGAAGAAAAAAAGCGAACGGGGGUGGUACACGAACGAACGACCUGUCAGAAGGGCUAACUGGCGAGAUUAGAAAUAAAAGAAAGAAAAACAUCUAAUAAUAUACGGCGAUAUAUCAUGCAUAUCCGUGUGUUGGUCGGAUCGAUCGUCUUAACGCUUUCGAUUUGUUGGUCGGCAUCAAACGCUUACGAAGCCGAAGGAAGAAGCUGGAAUUAUGUUCCAAAUACACAGUACCAUAUACAGACUGAUGAAGGUCCAGAACGAUACUUUCGCUUUCAGACAUUGAACGGUCAGUUUCGAAAAGAAAAAAGAUUGGCCGAUGGCACGGUCAUUGGUACGGAGGCCUGGCUCGAUCCUCUUGGAUAUUUGCGUUACAAAGAUUACAUUGCUGACCAUCAAGGCUAUCGAAUUUUGAAAUCGAAGAUGACGUACGUGGGGAAGGAUACGCCGAUUCACGAAGCUCUAAUAAGAACCAAGGAUGCACCAGCACAAAGUGGAGUUUUAGUCAAGACUAGAAAGCCACCAAAUCCGUUCAGGAAGCCGAACAGGAAUGUAGGAGGUGUCAGUCCUUUGUCCAGGAAGGAUAUUAGGACCGGUUAUUACACUCCAACAACUAUCAGGCCGAUCACGAUCUCGCCGUAUCUGUCACAGCCCAGCAACGAUUAUUAUCCGAACCGAGCAAAUUACGUAUCACCGAUCGUUGAUUCGCAAAAUUCGAACGAUUAUACGCGAGCUGAGAGUCCUUAUUACAGAGGGAACUCGGUACAACCUAUUCAAGUUCUUCAACCACCUGUUUCAAGCGGUGAUACGUCUUACAGAUCGUCGAGCCCAUCUCGAACGUCUCAAAGUCAGCUGGCCGAUGAUAUUGUACCCCAUAACGAAGUCCAUACUACUGCUAAUGGUUUCGAAUAUUAUCUUAGACGUCAAUAUCACGAAGAAGAACGUGAGCCUAAUGGAGAGAGCAUUGGUUCUUUCGGUUAUAUCGAUCCUUUUGGUAUCAGAAGAGUCAUCUAUUACAAGACGGAUCCACAAACUGGUGGAUUCGUUCAUAAAAAGAAUAACAGAUAUGUUGGCUUUGCAGCAAAGCCGUACGAUCCAUUGCCACCUGAUCUAUCUCGAACGAAUAGAAUGUCUUCCUAAUUUUCUUCGUGCUACGAAGAGCCGAUCGAAGAGCUGAUCUAAGAGAUCAUUGAAUAAUCUCAAUCACGUUGCUUUAAUGUUAUGCCUUAUACGUACGAUGUAUUGCAUCGAUAAAUUGCAACAUCGAACGUUCCGGUGAGCCUGGACUCGAUGAUCCAGUUGUUAUUCCCUAUCGUGUAUGCUAGUCUCCCUUACGAUAGUACGCAAUAUGCGUAUGAUGAUUCUUAAUUUUUUGUUUUCUUUUUUUUUUUUUUAUUUUUUCUUCAAGUAUUAGACCAUACUUAGAUUCAUUUUUGACUUCGCGAAUACGAAAGAUCUCCCAAGUGGAAAUAACGAUAGUUGGCACGUCGUAAUUAAGUUCUCUAGGUUCUUAAUAAAUUAAUUUACUUAACUUAUAUCAGUUAUUAAUAAUAAUAUUAAUAAUAGCUUCGACGACGUUAACGCACUACCUCGUAAAAUACUAUCGACGAAAAAGUAUUCUUUUUGUUAUUUCUCUCUCUCUCUCUCUCUCUCUCUCUUUCUUUCUUUCUCUCUUUAUUUUUCUCUCUUAUUAUUAUUCACGAGACAAAGAGAGAAGUAUAUGCUUAAAGCUAAUAAUAAAGAUGCUUUAUUCCGUAA